AUGACGGGUAUUGCGAAGUUUGGAAUGAAGAUGGCGGCUAGUGAAGUUGUGGUUAAUCAUGAAAACGAAACCAGUGAUAGAAACAGUAACGAUUCGUCCGUGAAAGUAAUAUGUUUAGGAGACAGUGCUGUAGGAAAAUCCAAGUAAGUCAGGCUAUUUGGUCUCUCCAUUCACGUGAAUUCUUUCGCGCAGUGGUGCAUGAAAGUGAAGCAACUGUCUAUAACCGGCGUUUCUUGUGGUUUUAUUUCCUCUUCAGAUUAGUUGAAAGAUUUCUUAUGGAUGGGUAGUAUCCUUUGCAUACAUACUUGUAGCAUAUAUUCAUCAUUGUGAGGUUUUCCAUCUUAGGGCAAAUCGGGCAAGGAUGGUGUUAUUUUCCUGAAACCUCGCUUCAAUAUGAGUGCAAAUAGAUCUAUUUACGGAAGCUCACUUGCUGUAACUUGUCAGCUUGACAACUCCGAGAGGUUUUUAGAAGUCUGGUUCGAUUUUGUAAUUUCUUUUUAGGAUACUUUUCCGUUACUUCUAUUACGUGUUUUGCCACCCUCUUGUCAAUUCCCCGAUCUUCUCUUUUGAAAGCGCUAGCCUAAGUAAUGUUCCUUUAACUUAUAUGCCAUCAUCGCAUCGCUGUUGAUGAUUUUUUGUCGCCUUUCGUCGAUUAAUUUAGUCACCUUUACAAAAAAGCGUUGAUUUCUAUUAAAAUAUAUUUCUUGUGUUUCUUUCGCCUCUAUGCCUGGUUUGUAAUCUCAGAGCUCAGCUAAAUUCAAAUUGGAAGUCCUAAUCUUGCUUUGAAAUCUCAGUUUUUUUUUUGCUUCAAAAACCUCCGAGAUUAUAAACAGUGCCUUCUUCUGUUAACAAACUGUUUUUGUUAACGAUGUGUCCACACCUCAUUAUUAAUAUUAUUGAUUAUAGCUUUAUCAAGUAAAGUGGUUUACAAAUGGGUACUCAACUGAAAUAAUCACUCUACACUCUACAGACACUAAAUUUUAUUCUAAGACUAAAAUCAAAAGAAUUUUAUUCUAAGACUAAAAUUAACAGAAUUUAGUUUAUUUUAUAUCUUUCUACAAUAAUUAUGAGCUCAAAAAUUCAAAUUGGAACUAAAUCUUUUGAUCUAGUUAUUAUGGUCACCGAACAAACAACAAAAUGUGAUUUCUGAGAUUUUCCAUGAUGCUUUUGUACAGUGAGACUGUACAAUUUUUAAGUCAACAUUUUUUCAAGAUUUCCCAGAUGUGCAAAUCUCCAUUUUUGCCCCUCCAUGCCCCCUUUUGGCUUUAUUCCUGAAUUAUAAUAAAGGUGUUUCAGUCAAUUCAAACUACAUGUAGAAGUUGAUAUCACAUCUUUUUACACAUUUAAUGCACCAAAAACUGUAAAAACUGUGAAAAUAAAAACUAAAAGUCUUGUUUAUUAUUUUUUUUUGCUCUUUGAGCCUCUUCAGUCAAUAUGCUUAAUAGUUCAUGAAAGAUCCAGGAACAGUCAUUUUUGUCAUCAGCGACUAAAACCUCCAUUGCAAAAAGGGCAAUGUUUAGUGCCAACUCUCUCAUCUAUUUUUGUCUUGGUGGCAGGCCCCUGUUCAAAAUUUCCUCAAGUCCCCCACCCCUACCCCUGCCCCCAACCCUCAUCCUGAUAACUUUAAUACAUUUGUAAGUUGCUAGGGAUAUUUAGAUUCAAGGAUGAGAAUGACUACAAGGAAGAAUUAGUUAAUUAUGUAAAUUAAAUUUUUUCACAUAUUCUCAAAAAAUAGACAUCCUAGAAAGCUUCGAUGAACUUUUUUUUCACCUGCAAAGUUAGCACUGUUCUCCUUAUUGAAGGAACUGAAGACCUCUCCUGAUGGCAAAAUGAUUAAACUUCCAACUUUUGACAACUUGUUUCUGCCACUAAGACUUUCCCAAAAUGAUGAUGGCCAUCAUAUUUUCCUGCCAAAAUGGUGCUGGUUCAUGCUCGAGCACUACUUAGUAUUGAGAAAGUCUCAUAGUUGUCCUCAUCCUAGAACCUUAAGGACUCUUUCGCUUUUUGUCGCUUUAAAUCUGCUCUAGCUAGGCCAGGCUGCUAAACAUGAUCCAAAGUGAUAGCUCACAAUGCUGUAAAUAAUUGUUUUUGAAAAGCUAGGAUUAUCACAGAAGUGGAUUUUUGAACGGUGAAUAGCAAAACAGAAAGCUAGUUUUGAACUAGAUUUCAAACGCAUUAACAAAUGUGAUUUGUGUGUGCAUUUGUCGCUUAUCUCUUAGCUGUACUGUAGCUACAUAGAUAGAAACAAAACUGAUAUGAGUUUUUCUCUGGAAGUUACAGCAAUGAUAUUAAAGCUCUUGAUAAUCAUGUCAUAAAGUAAUAAUAAGAGUUGACAGCAACCACUAAAAUUUAUCACAACUUACCUAUCUCACAUUAAUGAGUUUUCUUCAAAAGAGCUGUUCAUGUGCAGGUUAAAAUGGUUUGUGUGGUUUCCUUAAUGGUUUAUCUCAUAGUAAACCACAACAGUUAUCAACGUAUGCACUGACACUAUUUCAAUACAAAACUUCUGUGGAUGGAAUUGAUGUCCGUGUUGGUAAGUACUAGUUAACAUGUUACACUGUAUACUGCAUGUGUGGAAAUGUGAAGAAAGGCUGGGAAGAUGGCAUUUUUUGUCUUUCUAGCAAGGAAUUUUAAAAAAUGCCAACCAAAAUCCUCAGCAAUCAGCCUUUUAUGACAACAUUUUGGAAUUUUCUAGAGUUUUAGGCAUUCUUGCAGUGUUACAUAUAAGUUGAUAAAUAUUCUGUUUAAGCCCCAUCAGUGGUCACAGAUACAUGCUUUCAUUGUACUGCUACUAGUCACUGAAAAAAGGGACGUCCAUCACAAUUUCUUCUCUCUGACAAAGUUACUGGAGCCAUGACAUUAAUUUCCUUGGUUGUGGCGUACACUUCAACAUUCUGGAGCUUUUUUGAACUUAAUCAGCAUAUGGGUCAUUGAAACAUACUUCAAAAAAAUCUCUCAUUUUUUUAUGGCCAGCUGUGUAGAACACCAAAAGAAAAAACAGUAAAACAGUCCUGAGCCUUUAAGUUGUCUUUGGUUUUUGAAAAUUUCAAAAUUUAAUAAAUUGGGAGAUUUUCACAUUUUAACAUUGAGUCUUAGCACUGUCAAUUUCUGCAGGAGUUAAAGGAUUAAUUUAUCAUAGUCAAAAAACUUAACAAGGUCAAGGUUGAUUCUUCACACAUCCUGAUAAAAAUAAAGAUUAUUGUUGUUACAUCUAUGUUUGAGCACAACAAAAUAGGUCAAACAGCUUCACUUUGAAAGAAAUCAUGUGAUGGUGUUGUGACAACGUCACUGAAAACAUUAUUCUUAUGGCAAUGUUGUGAGGGGGCGUGAAAGAGUGAAAACCACAGUAACUCAGCAUCAUACAAUUAUUGCAUAUGAGGUUGUUGAGAUAUUGUUUGGUUUGUUGACGUACAAUCACUGACAAAGUUGUUGAGACCUUGUCCUCAAAUGGGGUGACUUCAGAGAACAAAACAAUCCACACCCCUCCUCCUCCACCUCCCCUCCAUUCAAAGUUGGGGUGUUUGUUGUUUCCUACAGGUAGCUUGAACAGCAGCACAACAACAUAUUGCAUGGAGAGGGUGGGGGACAGAAAGCUUUAUUUUCUCCUUUUCAAGUUGGCAGAACAUCAGAGAGGCACCUUUUAGGGCAAACUGUCUCAACUAAUUUUGUGCCAAAUAUAGGUUUAACAAAGACUUGCAAAAUUCUGGACUAAUUAUGGAAAAUUCAUUCUUGGCUGAAAUGUUGUUUCAGCUUCCCUGAGACCCGAACAGCAGUGUUGUUAAGUUGUUAAGCUGUUGGUUGUGAUACAUUCUUCCUCCAGUAGUAGAGUGGAAAUUCUCAAAGCACUUGGUUUCCAGACAUACACAUACACCAUAUAUACAAAGCACAAAUUGCUCUGGGGGACAUUAGGUUUGUUAGUCAGAUUCAGUUUCUGGGGAUAGCUGAAAUGUGCGUCAUUGCUUGAAACGUUAUAACCAAAACAUGGCAAUAACUUGCAUCCAAGUACUGGCCAACUUUAUAAUUAUUAAUUAACUCAUGUUAAAUCUGUCCUCCAAGAAGAUCUGGCUUCCAGACUCAAUUAAAAAAAGGCCUGAGGUUAUUUAUGAUUCUGGUAUCACAUAAAUCAAGCUAUUAUGUACAACUGUACAGUCAUAUACAGUUUUUUAUGUUGUAAUUGUAGCAAAAUGUAUUGUUAAGUCUUGAAUUUUUUUGUGUUGAUGUUUUAGAUUUCUGGGACACUGCAGGUCAGGAGAGAUUUAGCAGCAUGCAUCCAUCAUAUUACCAUCAAGCUCAUUCCUGUUUACUAGUAAGUUUGAUCAAGAACUCACUUGAUUUUUGUUACUGUAAAUAUCUUGUGCUAUAUAACUCAAAUUAUGUAAAUAAACAAGCAAAUUUUUCUAAUUUGUACAUGAUUAUCAAUGCAUUUCCCUUUUUUUAAAGGUACAACCCUUUAAAGUACCCUUUAAAGUGUUUGAUCAUAUAUAUUUUUUUUAUUUCCGUUUUAUAUCACAUGUAUGUUAUUUUUGCUUUUUAGUUUACUGUGGGAUGAAAUUUAUUAGUACAUAUAGUCAAAACCAAGAUUUCAAUUUUUUUUGCGACUUAACUGACAUAGUUAUACUCAAUCAGAUCUGAUAAGACAAACAAGGAAGAAAAAGUUCUGAAACUGGUUUUUUGUAACAAAACAUACAUUGUAAAUUCGCAUUUGUACAUGAGAUAGUACAGGGCUUACUGCCCACAAAUACAAAUUUUUAUCUACUGGAUAGUGAUUUGUCCUGUUGAUAACACUAUCGGACUUAGGAACAGACUGGUAUUAACUGUGAAGUCACUGUGGUUUUUGAUAAAGUUACAACAAAAAGUAGGUUGAGUUUGAUUGUCCAGGUGAACGUAGUCCUGAAUAGGACUGUUGCUGUUGACAGUGACUGACGUUUCGACAACCUGUGCGGUAGUCAUCUUCAGAGUUAAAAGAUGAAGAUGACUAUCACACAGGUUGUCAAAACGUCAGUCACUGUCAACAACAACAGUCCUAUUCAGGACUACGUUCACCCGGAUGACCAAACUCAACCUACUUUUGAAAUGACUCCUGGGUUCAAACCUUUCACAAAGUUACAACUCUCAGUGUGGUUUGUAUGAACAGCAUCUUAAAAUUUUUGGAACGGAGAUUAUUUUUGAUUCAGAUCUAGGCAAAAUCAGGGUUGUCAUUAAGAGCCGGGGGCCGGGGAUUUUCCCCGGCUACUAAGAGAGUGGCCCCCAGCUACUUUUAUUGGAAAAUAGAAGAAAAAUAGAACCAAAAGAAAUCCCUAGCCGUUUGAUUCCCUGCCUACUUGUUGUGUUUACCCGGCAACUUGAAAUCUUAAUGACAACCCUGCAAAAUGCUUUUUCAGUGUUAAGAAUGCAAAAAGGAGUUACAACUAGUGUGGUACUCAUAAAAUUAAAUACAGCUGUAAUACAUAAAAGCUACAUGUAACAGAAACUGUCAUAUAUUUGGUCACAAAGUAUAAUGUGAUUGACAUGACACUGUUUUCUGCAUCAACAGGUUUUCGACACAACGAGAAAAGUAACAUAUAAGAAUCUGCCAAAAUGGUACAACGAGCUUAGAAGUUACAGAGAAAAGAUUCCUUGUGUAGUUAUAGCUAACAAAAUAGAUGGUAUCCUUUUGCACUUUAAGUUAGUAAUAGUUAAAUAAUAAUAAAGGUUGCCUGUUAGAAAUGCACAGGCUCAUUAGAGAUUGGAAGUUGAGCUAUGCAGGAAAUAAUGAGUAAUUUUCAAGAGAGAAGAUAGCACUGUAUCACUCUCUACUUAGUCUGCUUACACAGCCGUUUUUAGUGUUGUCACGCAACGUUCCUCCCCACUAAUGUUAGUGGGGGAGGAGCGUUGCGUGACCACACUAAAAACGGCUGUGUGGCAGACUACUCUCUACUGUAAGACAUAAGUUACCAAAGUCACAUUGUAUGUUUUCCUUGACCUGUUUUCUCCUUUUACAAAGUCGACUACAGUGUAACACAAAGAAGUUUUAAUUUUCCCAAAAAGCAUAAUCUUCCCCUUUAUUUUGUGUCGGCUUCUGAUGGAACAAAUGUUGUAAAGGUACGUGCUCAUGGCAGUCUCUUUAGUUCUGCAACGUGUUAUUGAUUAUAUAAAAGAACUCUCUUUCAUAAAGGAGCUGUGUCAUGAAAUUUAUCAAACUUCCAAUCUUGGCAACUGCCUCCAAAAACAGGUAUAGGUGACACAGUAAAUACAAAUUGAAGCAUGGAUCCUAAAAAUUGCCCACCGUAUAAAGAAUGACAAAGAAAGCUGAGGAAUGGCAGGGACUAAUUCGAGGUGUUUAUUCCAGGGCAGGGCCAGUGGCGGAUUCAGACCUUCGGAUAAGUUGAAGCGAGGGGGGGGGGUUCGGUCACGAAAAAAAAUUUUUUCCGCCCUUCAGGCCUCAGUUUGUUUUAGAUAUAGGGGGGGGGGAAGUACCUCCCCUGGAUCCACCACUGAGGGUCCAUUACAGGGGCUGUGUCACGGCCGUCUGAUUCAUUUUUUUAAAUAUUGCCAAUUAGGCGUCCUUGUAGGCGAAUCUUUGUACACACUUUUUGCCUCAUUAACAUAUGCUUAUCACUAUCUGAUGACGUUAAUAGAAUAAAAACUCUGAAUAUUGAAAGGGCAUAAUAGUUUCAGUUAUCUCUGAAAAUUUGACCCCAAUACACCGAAUGGUAAGGUUUCGGAGAAUUCUCUUCUAAAAACUCAAAAUUUUACAGAGAAUGUGAUGUAUGACUCAUUAACUUUUUGGCCACACAGCAAUUUCGCAGUUUUUGAUAGCUGAUAUUUCCUUCAAUAUUGCUUGUAUAGAGCUGAAAAUUGCGCAAAUUGCUCAAUUUAAUCAGAUCUUUCAACUUUUGCAUUUAGUUCAUUUAUACGGGCACGGCUUCUUUGAGUUAAGUCGUAUGUAGUCUGCUACACAGCCGUUUUUAGAGUCGUCACGCAACGCUCCUCCCCACUAACUUGCGUGACGACACUAAAAACGGCUGUGUAGUAGACUAAGUCGUAUGCUAAUGAGGACAAAUGUAAACAAUGACGUCAGCAAAGAUUCGCCUAUUUUCUACGGAACUCAGCAUUAGUGAAGAAGCUUCUUGUUGAUGAAAACCACCACUUCGCAACAAAUGAAUGUGUCUCCCUGGAAGCACUAUAAUAUCAGACAUUACAAACAAAAGAAAAAAAGGAACCUUGACAAACUGUUAGGCAAACCACAACUGCACUCCACUUCAGUCUUCUUCAAGUUUAUCCAUGGAUAUCUAAGGGUAUACUACCGGUUUAUUGGUGGCUUUCAUAGGGAGAGUUGAUUGUCACUACUACUUUAAAAUGUCUAUUUUGUGACCUUUUAUGGAAUUGUCUGCUUUAUUUUUUUCUUUUGGGCAGGCUUUUCGAGAAGCAAUAAAACUGGCAGUGAAAUAUAAAGAAGACUCAACAGAUUUUAUGGACGAAGUUUUCCGUGAACUUGAGGUAUGAAAGCCAGGCUGAAAACGUUUCGCCCUUGUAGCAUAAAACGGUGCAUAUUUGAUCUAUAAUUAAUGUGUACACAUCAAAUGAAAAGAACUUUCAUGAACAGAAAUUUUCUUUUAACCGUUUCUUUAUCAUAUUUCAAAGAAAUGACUGGUGGUUGUGCAGCUUUUUAGAUGUCAGAGUUUACAUUCACCGAACUUAUGAUCAGUAUUUAAGAGUAUUAAAAGCAUGAGAGGUUUGACGCAAUGGUGGUCAAUUAGGACCGACAGAUUUGUAUUGGGUCGACUCAAAUUCACAAAAGCUUGACGAAAAAGUAAAAUUCCUAGGCGGCGGCGAGUCGAUUUCUUGGUGGCAAUUUCGUUGGUGGCAGGAUGACAGUAACCCGCCCCUAUUGGCCCACCCCACCCCUAAUUAAAAUCCCUGGAUGCGUCCCCUCCCACAGUAUUCUUUUGGCGCCAAAUAUAACCUACUUUCUGUUGUAAUUCUUAUAUUUUAGUCCUUUGACGACAUGAACCUUAACCAAGAUGACUAUGAUUCGUCCGAUAAGAAAAGCAGUGGCGACGAGGAAAAAACAUGAUACCAGCUGGGUUAGCUAUGUUGGCUCAUGAGCGUUGCUAUUUAUGUCAGUCGACAAAAAUAUUUCAAUAGAGUAAUUUAUUUGCCCUCAUUAGAGUUUUUAAUUAUUAGCUAACUAUAUUUAAAAGAUCUACGUCAUAAUGAAUCAUAAGUGCUGCUACGUCCAUGGAUGUACAUGUACGAGCUCUCAGUGGCCGCCUUAAUGAUGAGAUCAGCCUACUAAAUAACUUCCCAUUCAGUAGUAUAUUUGACACCACUACAACCGUACAAAGUGGUUUUUAAAUGCCUUUUUAUAGUGAAAGGCUUCCCUUGGCUUUCUUUGGCCGACAGAAAAUUGCGUAUCAGUGUUAUUGUACAGAAUGUAUCACAUUUCUGUCAGUCAAUUUCUACAUAUUCAGUUUAUUGUAAUUACGUGAUAACAUAUAAUACUAUUCACAUACGACAAAUUGAAGGUGUAAAAUUAUUUUUUUCCUCGCAAUCCACAGUUAAAGUACCCCCUUUUCUUUGCUUCUACUUCUCGCUUUGCUGAACCAGUCAGAUCUCGAGAGAGCUGAUUGGUUCAGAAAAUGACGCGAGAUACCUUCACCAAUCACGAAGCAUAGUAAAGCAACAUACAGUGAGUGUCAAUAAGCCAUUUUCGACUUGUCCCCAGCCUCCUUUUCAAAACGAAGGUAGGUGCCAAAUUUAUGUCAAAACGAUUUGUCUUGGUCUCAUUCAGAUAAAACUAAUUUCUGCAGUUGAAAAUGAGGGUUUUGGUAUCUCGGAAAUGGUAUAUUGAAACUGCGCUAAACUGAAAUAUAGCAAAGGGGCCCUCACAUUCGAUAAGAUUUCAAUACAUCACUUUCUUUAUCAUUACACAGUUGUGUUUCUUUGGCGGCCAUAUUGGAUUAUAAAUACGUGGUCAGCUGAAGCGAGGUCUGAAAUUCGUGAAAUCUUCGAGAAAACCUCCAAACUGCCAUUUUCUAUUCAUGCGCACGAGAAUUUUCGAAUGUGUCGGCUAUCCCAAACCCCCAAUGUAAUCCUCCUCGUAACCAGAUGAGUGUAAAUAACUCUUGUUUUCCGGCGUGUUAAGUAGUCUUGAAGAGAAAAUCAAACAGUAUGAACUUUACUGAGAAUUUACAGCUUCCAAGCUCUUAUCCUUUGCAAAAUAGUGUCACUUUUGAACUUCAUUUCUAAAAUAAAGUUGUUAAAGAUGGCCACUAAUUUGGAAUAACAGUUUUACCAAGCUCUCUUGCCUUUACUGGUAGAGUUGCCAGUGGUUUUAAGAGCGCAAAACAUGAAAAUUUCAGUCAGCUGUACAGAGUAGAAUAUUACAUUCGUUUUUCUUUUCAUUUUUUCUAAAAAAAUCCAGUAUCUGGCUAAAACGUCGCCACAAUAGUGCAGUGAAAUUUCGGCAAGAGCUACAAUAUUAUUGGAAAAGUUCUAUAUUGAUUCUCAGGUACCGGAAAAAUAUCUUCAGGUCAGUCUAAUCCUCCAUUGAUAGUUUUAUUUAAACGGGAUACCAUCUAAAAAUUGUUUGGCACAUUAAGUAGUAGGCAAAGUAUUUCUAAUAGCCUUCAUUGUAGACGUUUCGCGGUCGCCCGAACACUGGAAUUCGCUUGAGUGGUGAUGCACGAGUCAAAAGGUAUGAAAACGGGCCCUCUUUCCACCCUAUAGACCUCUUAAACUUGAACGGUUUGUUUUCCCAAUUAGGACAUGUGAUAAUACUCAAGAGAGCUGUUUCAUUCAAAUGUCAUCUUAUUCCCGUGCACAUGGACGUAUAAUUUAUGAAAAGUAAAAGAUGGGCAAAUGCCCUUGCUUCUGAAUCAUUGGGAAAACAAAACAUACAAGCUAAAGAGGUCUAUUGUGCAGACUGUCUACUCACCCCAGUCCUCUUCCGCUCUCACAAUUAAAGAUAUCGAACAACACGGAGGAGAGGCUGAGCGCUGUAUCGCAGCAAUGGUGUUUUUUGAGCUGCGUAAGUCAGCCGCAUGUGAGCCCUUUUAACUUUUAAUAUACCUUGACUCCAACAGAUUUUAUAGCUAGAGGUUGAUUUCCACUGAAGCGUUUUUGGCUAUGCAUGUUAACGCACCUAAAUUUUUAUCAUGUAAAUAAAAUAGAGGCAAGAUAAAAAGCGCUGAGCUUAAACGAGAUGUUGAGCAAGGUUCAACUUUUACGCUUACGAGCGACCUUUCACGCAUUGCCUCUAUUUUAUGUGCGAACGUAAAUUUUACGUACGUAAAAAUAUUACGCUACUCUGCAAAUCAACUUUAAGUGUCUACCUUCAUGUUGAGACGAUAUGCCCGAAAAUUUGGGCAGAACCACUCCGCAAGAAUGCAAAAACUGAAAACUUCUGGCUGAUGUUCGUUGCCCAAGAACGCCUUUGCUAAAGCUUCGUAAUAUUUCUUCUUACCCCUUCCCGUUCAAACACCAUGAAACGUAGGCCUAACCAGAAAAAUUUACCAACACUGGAUGGUAGAUUUCUCUCCCAUCUACUGUAAGAUUUUAAAGGGGCUAUGUCGCACCACCUGCUAUGUUUUUAAAAAGUUAAAACUUCUCUUCGCAUCAAAAAUAGUGGUCCUCCAGCUUUGUUACGUACUGAAGACCGUAUUAAGACAUUGAAACUGUUUGCUGUCGUCUAUUACAAAGGAUAGCAAGGAUGGACUUGGAUCAAACCUUGAAAAGGUUGGGCCGAUUUUUCAAGUUUUAAUGCCAUGCCCGCCAAAAUCGCCAUGAAAGAAAUCAUUAUGGUUCGUGCUCCGUGAAGAAAUUCAACGUUUGAUUUCUCCUUCAUAACUCUACAAGAGUAUUUUUUGUAUGGGUGGAGGCAAUGAGUAGUGACUUAUAAUUGACCUAAAACAAAAAUAUCAUCAUGACAUAGCCCCUUUAGCCUUGAGUUUCAUAAGAAAUGCCUUUGCGACUGCUUGUCAGUGUUUUAGAGGAGCCAGUGAAAUGGGAUUUGGGUGCUCGGGAUGUGAUAUGCUGGGGCAUUGCAGGUCCCGAAUGGACAUACUCCUUGCUGGUUCUUUGUUAGGUUUAACCCACCACUGUGUCUGUGUAGUUGUUCUUUUUAGUGUUUGUAAAUCAUAGCCAAAGUGUGAAAAUGUGUAAAGCCAGAAUGAA